UUCAUCAUUUCUCUCUUAUUUCUCAUCAUUUUAAAUUUUUCUCUCAAUUAAAAAAGUAAUUUUAAAAAAAUGGAUCGUUUCGUUUUACGGAUCUUCUUAUUAAUGAAGCUCUACGAGGAGUUUGGUAUAACAAGAAGAGCGUAGCUCAAUACGUCAUCAAACACCCCACUGCUUGGUUCGUUAUCGAGAAGAGAUGGGAAUCACCCCCUGCAGAGAGUGUGGUACAGUUUCAAACUGUUGAAAUAAUAAUGUCGCUCCUCACAACAAUCUACAACAACAUGACUUCCGAACCAGCCGAGCAGAUCCAUUUUAUCAACUGCGACAUCAUCACCAAUGCAGGGAACUUGGAGGAGGUGAAGAAAGGGCUCGAGUUGAACGACAUGGGGUUCGAAAUAGGGGAUGAGAACAUUUCUCUCUCGUUCGCACUUUCUCCUCAUAUUCCCACCCCGUUCAACAACAAACUACCCUAUGUCUAUGUGGGAUAUAACAAGGAGGGAGGCUAUCGAUUCGGAGAAGACCAUUCCAAGAAAAGUGAAUUUACUGUGAAAGGAUCCAAAGGCCACCAACUUUUGAAAGUCACGACGAUGACAGGAAUCGAACCCAACAAUAUCCACAAUGUGUUCCAGGCUGACCCCUCCACCUUCACAUCAGAACAAAGUUUGCAAAAGACGAAGGAGGUGGAAACUUUAGGUCAUAAGGGGGUUCUAGUUGCUCAAAUAUUGGGUAUGAAGACUGUUGAUGGUCAUAAUGUUUAUAACUUAUCAGAAAAGUACACUCACUUCGACCAUGGAUGGGAUGAUAGUAUUUUUAAUGAUAUGAUUGUAAUGAUGACGGGUAAGGGGGUUGUUGUAAAGAAAGAAAAGCUCAAAGCUGUUCCUACUGAGGUUAAAUUUAUGGUUCCAAUUUAUAAGACUGUGGGGGUCGGAGAGAAAGCGAGACAAGUUUUAGAUGUUGAUAAGAUGAAAAAGGUUGGUGUGCAAAAGAAAGUAUAUGAUAAAAUUGUUAUUUGUUGGAUCUAAAAGAUUUUGUUAAACCAAUUAUUCGAUGUUUAUUGUUUCCGGUUUUUAGCCCGAGUCAGGGCUAAAUGAAGGCUGCACACAGGAGGUUUUUUUUGUUAAUGAACUAUUUCUAUAAAAAUAAAACUUGAAUUCAUAGAAAAACUC